AGAGAGGCUGCUAUGGUUCUUCCUCCGUAAAAGCAUUCGAACUAAGAAGUGGCGAAAGACUGGGUAUUGGUUUUAUAGUGACAUUUGGACAAAGCGCAACCACAGCUCCUGCUCCCUUCAACACCAUGGCUCGGUCCAAGAGUUCCAAGUCAUCCGGGACCUGCUGUAACCUGGUGAUGGCUCUGCUGACCCUGUGGUCCAUAGUCUCCCUCAUUGUUAUCGUGGUGUGGGCCACCUCUCCUCACAUGAAGGGUGUGGCCCUGUGCAAGGUAGCCCAACAGGCCCUGACGGAGAAGAUGGAGGGGGCAAAGGUUGUGUGGGAGAAGGAAAAGCAGGCCUUGCUGGAGGCGAUAAGGCUGAGCCAGGAGAACCAAACCACACUGCAGCAGGAGAUGGAGGUUGUCGCUGAAAGACUGAGAGAGACUAAUGUGUCCCUGAGCCUCAGCCUGCAGGAGAAUGCGAUGCUGCAUGAGAAUGAAACAGCACUAAGGAAUGCUAUUUGCCUGCACAGAGAGACACAGAGAAAUCUGUCCCUCGAUCUGAGUCUACAGAGAGACCUUUUUGAGUGGUUACAAUUCAACUUCACCCAAGCUGUCCACCAGUCCCACUCCUGCUCUGCUUCAUGUGAUGCUUCAAAUAGCCAGGAGGUGGCAGCAAUGAGUCAAAUGAAAGCCUGCGAGUCCAACAAACACUAUUUGAGGACACAAAUGGAAAGAAGAGGUUGCAAGAUCAAUGGAUUGUCAACCAUAGCUUUUUGACUGUGAGGAGAGAACAAGGAUGGCCUCCUCGUGAAUCUGAGGGGUUUAGUAAUGUGAUUAACACAUACUUAUACCACUGUGCUCUGUGUGUACUGUUAUAUAUUAUAUUUUUCUGUAGGGUUGGAAACAUUUUGCACUGCUUUGCCAUAUGUCUGUGUUGAAUUAUUCCUCUGUGGAUAAAACACUCUUGGGGGUAGAUCAGCUUUAAUAUUGCAGAUAGAUUGUGGGUUCUAUCAAUGUAAUUGUCUGCAUCAUUUCUAAUCCCCCAUAUAUCUUUCACAAUACAGUAUUAAAAUCAUGACGUGAUGGAAUAACAUGUAACAUUUUCAAGCCAUGACCAGAACCCUAUAGAUAUAGGCUCAGACUGAAAUGUUCAAUCACUAGUUUGUUACAGUAAAUGCCUUUUGUGUAUGUGUUGUGUUUCUUUGUUUAUAUUUGUAUAUAGUUUUCUGCCAAAAUAUUUAAUGUUGUCAACUUGUCUUGAAAUAAAGGAAAAUAAAAUAGCGUUGCUCCUAAAUUCAGUGUAAUGUGCUACGUAUGCCAUGAAUCAAAGGGCGCAAAACCUGACGAUAG